AUGCACGAGCAUGAUACCAUUACGUCAACUGCUGAUCGGAAUGCAACUCGUUUUCGUCUUAUCGAGCCAAUUAGUAGCAAUGAUGAGUUUGGUCCAUGGUCAUAUGAUCAUUGGCAUGGUUUGUUUGAUUUGGAACUGAAACCUCAUGGUGAUAAUGUUCAAUUUCCAGAACGAUGGUGUCUAGCUCAGGAUGUGAAGAUCCACUGUUGCAUUGAAACCUGCAAUUCAAAACAGAAAAAUUCGCUUCCAUCGCAUAUAGAUAGGCCACGUACGGCAACGCUCGAUGUAUUUGUUCACGAUGUCUGUAAGCGAGAGAAUAAUGGCCAAAGCGAAUCUUGGUUAAAAGGACUCAGACAAGAGGAUAUAUUCAGCUUUGAACAUUUAAACAAUUUAAAUCAAUCCGAAUGGGAUCGAAUUCAUGAGUUGUCUGUGAAUGCCAAACGAAUAUUGAAAGCGGCCGUCGACAGAGAACGAACCAGUAUUGCUGGUGAACGUCGUCGACGAGUAAUUGAUGAGCCCAAUGAUGACAACAAGGAACAGACGGACACAACUUUUGUAGAGGAUUCAUCAAUUACUGAUUCGGAACUAUUUGCCAAUCUGCAUUUGAUUAAACUAUUCAUAUGGCAUAAAUUGCGUGAUCAACCAGCUGUACAACGUCACGGUGCUUUGGCCAAACUUGAAAUGAAAUGUUUGAAUGUAGCGUUCGAGGAGAUGCGAUCUGAAGGUUUUGUUGAUGAUGGUCUAUUUCCGAAGAUAAGAGAAUUCUUUCUUCCACUUACUAUUUCUGAACAAGAAUUGCAUGUAAAACGAUCAUCAAAUCAAACUGCUCGAUUGACAAGAUGCAAACAAUUACGUAAACAAAUCGAGCUAUAUACGACCAAACUUGACGAACUGAACGAUGCUGAUCAGAAAUGCAACGAGGAAACUCUUCGAAUGGAACAACUGAUCAAAGAUCACGAAGACAAACAUUCUCAGGUAUUGACAACAUGGAAAUCGAAGAAAAACAAUAAAAAACAGCAAAAACAACUAGAAGCCCUUCAUCGGAUCUAUCAAGAUUGUCUUAAACGUCAGGACAAUUUCCUUAAACAACGUCAUAAACUGAAACAAGAGAAAGAAACGAUUCAAAAGACAAUCAAUGAAUGGCAGAAUAAAAUCGAAGGGACGAAAGAACGUUUACAAACGAUCGAAAUAGAAUUAAACACACCUCAUAAACCAGUGCAAAAACAACUUGUCAAACCACCUCGAGGUCUGAUUAUGUAUGGACCACCAGGUACUGGCAAAUCGGAUAUAUUGAGUAAAUUAGCGAAAAAAUUGGGUAUUAUUAUGGUGGGUCCACCUUUGGCAGCUGGUGAAUUGAAUCGUCCACUGGUUGGUGAAAGUGAACGGAUAUUAAUUGCACUUUGUUCACGUUGUUAUCAAGUUCCCUAUGCGAUGUGUUGUGUAUCCAUCGAUGAAAUUGAUUCGUUAGCACCUAAACGUGAUGAAGAUUCGAGCGAAGGCAAAGUGGAUAAGAUCUCUGUACUUUUAUCCUUGAUUGAAGGGAUUAAAGAUGUUCCCAAUUUAAUGAUCUUAAGUGCUACUAAUCGAUUACAUAUGAUGGACGAAGCAUUUUUACGUCGAAUGUCAGGAAAAUUUUUUGUUGGUCGACCAUCAUCAAAUGCACGUCGAAGCAUGCUUCAAACGAUACCUUAUUGGGCUCUCGAACCCGAACUACUCGAUCGACUCUCGACGGCUACAACAAACUUCAGUGGAGCUGCUGUCAAGGCAUUAACUGGAACAAUUACAGUCAAAUGUAUGACAAUGCAACGUGAUAAUUCGAAUUAUCAAAUUGGUGAAAUUGAAGCACUUAAAAUGGCCGAUCAUACAGCUCAGCAAUAUCAAAUAUUCAUUGGCAAUGAAACAUUACCUCGUUUAUUUUUACGCAAUAAACUUGCUGAUGCUCAUCAUCCUCAUACUUAUCAUUUGUCAUCCAAUUUCAGAUAUACAGGACGCAUUAUUGUUGAUCUACACAACAAACAUAUUCGUAUUGAAAUCACAAACAAUGAUCAACCAUCGAUCAUCGAACAUGAUUUGUAUCCAAAUGAAACCAAUGUUCAAACUUUACUUGAACGUUUAACUAAUUAUGGAAACAGUCGGAAUGUUCAAUUGCUUCAAUUAAUCGAUUUGAACUUACUUGCAUCACAAGGUGCUUAUGAUGAGAAAAAAGUCUAUGAAACAUUGAAAGAUCGUUAUGAUGAAUGUGUUUCAUAUUCACGUUCGAUGAUUGUCUACGAUUUAGAUACUUUGGUUGGUGUGAAUAAAUCAGAAUCGGAUUCCAAUAUGGGUCUAUCAAAUACAAAAUCGAUACAUAAUCAAAGCAUUUACAUAUAUGUACUUGCUCGAUUUCGUGAUCGAGCCAUGGAAAAUGUUCAAAAAGAUGAAACGGAUAAUGUUCAACGAUGGGCGGUAGUCGUGAUUCGUGAACCAUUUCUUUUACGUCAGUUCUGUGUAAAUACACAAUAUCCACGUACACGUCCAGAGGAAGAACAAGAUGAAUUGGAGCGAUGCAAAGCCGAAAAUAUUCUCAAAUGUGUCAAAUGUAAAGAUUUCUAUAUCGAAAAUGAGAAUAAAAUGGGCACUUGCAUUCAUCAUGAUGGUUUUGUAUUUGACACCGAAGCAGCCGAUUUGACAAUAUAUACACCAUCUGAAGUUGCGAAGAUCUUAAGAGAACUUGAGCGUAAGAUUAUCAAAUAUCCUAAUCGACGUGAAGAGCUCGAAAUGCAAACAAAAAAAUUUAAAUGGAUAUGUUGCGAUGAAACAUUUACAAAUGUACGUACAGGUGGUUGUAAACGUGGCAAGCAUGGAUUCUUUCCCAAUGGUGGCAACAAUCGACUCAAUCAGGCAAUAAUUGAAGAAUGGGAAGAUGCUUGUCGGAAUAAUGAAGAAUACUAUGAAAAAUGGAUAAUAUUAGCCAAAGAAUAUUAA